GAAAUGUUGCAACAUCAGUUCAGCGGAGAAGAUAGUCGUCUGAAUAUCAAUUCAAGUCCUGACGAACAUGAGCCAUUAUUAAGAAGGGAGCAGCAAGUGAGCCACGACGAGGGCAUCCUCGAUCGACUGGUAGAUAGAAGAGAACGGGCGCUGGAUAAUGGCCGGACAAAUACCAACAACAACAACAGUAACCUGUGUCUAGAGCAAAGUGUUUCCAUCCAAAGCAGCGAGAGAACGGCACCAACUUCUGGACCGAGCCACACUAAAAGAGCACAAAGGCCUAACUCCCUGGAUCUUUCUGCCACAAAUAUUUUGGAUGGGUGUAAUAUUCAGUUGGGUGAAUCGUCUCUUGAGGGGAAACCUGGCUCAGGAGAAAAGAUCAAGAAACGUGUGAAAACGCCUUAUUCCCUAAAGAGAUGGCGCCCUUCAACGUGGGUCAUCUCCACCGAACCCCUGGAUUGUGAGAUUAACAACAAUGGGGGUGACAGGGUGGUUAGUUCUAAGUCCAGCACAGCUGUUUACCUUGGAGAAGGAGGUACCGCAACAACUAUGGUGUCUAAAGAUGCAGGAGUGAACUGUCUGUGAAUUGUUUAAAAGCUGACGCAAAACUGACAUUACUGCAUUCUGUUAAUGAACACGCAGAAGACAUUUUAUAUUUAAAAAAAGAAAAACACUUCCUGCUUUCUUCUGUCAGUACUCCUUAUACCGAGGACUUGCUUUAAAUAGAUUUCAGCUAUGCAGACAAUUUUUAGCUUAUGCUUCCAUAAUUUUAAUUUUUAAAAAAAAAAAAACAUUUUGCACUUUUUAUUUAGAAUUGCAAAACUACAUCUGUUCGUCUUUGAUCAUGGAAUUAUAUACGUAUGUAAUCAAAUACUGUGGUCUCAAAAUAUUUUUUUUUUUUUAAACAUCAAAAACAAGAAAACGUAUUGCUGAUAAUCAGUCUGGGCCGGUUUCUAAAGGUCACUAAACAGCUAAGCGGGGUGGACUGUGGUGGUGUCCGCUGCUCACGGUUUGAAUUGCGUGCACAAAUCAUUUGUACGUUUCUGUGUAACGAGAGUGUAUGACUUUCAUACUUUCUAUUUUACACCUGUAUUAUGUUGAAAUGUGCAAUAGUCUGUAGUUCAUAAUAUACUUUGUGUUUCCAUUCCUACGUUCUUCUUUUUUGGAGUUAAAAAUAUCAAUAGCUGUGUUUAAUCUGGUAAUCCAGCAACCGGUGAUUUCUAAUCCUGAACUCUGCAAGCAUAAUCAUCUUGAAGUAAAUGCUUUUAUCUAUCAGUAUAUGUGCUCUAAGAUUAGAGUUAAUGCAUGAUUUUUCCCCUCCUCUGACUCCUUAAAAAAAAACAACCCUGAAAAGAACAAAUCUUUUAUCUUUCAUAUUUCCAAAUUUGAAAUUUAAUUUUUCUUCAUAAUGAAUGACAUAGGUUGGGAAAUCGAGAAAGCGUUCAAGAAAUGUCAACAGUUAUCUUCCUGAUUAGCGCGAUACUAAUUAAAUGUAUUUUCAGUUAGGAAAUUUACAGGGUAAAGCAAGUUCUACCUUGGAUAGUGUGAUUUAUGGUUUAUUUUCACCAAGUCGAUAUGCAUGUGAGAAUUAGAGAUACAAAAACAGAGCAGAACUGAAGUGGGGGUAUGGCACGGAGGGAGGGAGAGCAAAGAAACAAUCUCUUGCAUAUGCUUAUGGGUGGUUGGAUGUAGCCCCUUAUGUGUGCAUUUGUAUGGCUGGCUGUCAUUCUUAUGGUAUAAUUUAUGCAAUUUGUCAGUUAAAUAUAGUAUUUAUGUAUAUUUUUUUCCUUAAUGGAUGCUUUUGAUGCUUGCUGGAAAUACAUUUUUGUCUCAUCUUUGUAAUUUACCUUAAACACAUUGUGUACAGGUUGCUUAUGCAUAUUUUUAAGUAGAAAAGCUAACACCUGGAUUAAUUUGCUUGAUUCCUAUGUCUUGGUUAUGAUCACAGCCAAAAUGAUCUACCUUAGUAUUGACAUAUAAGAGUUUAAUGAAAGGAUCCAGUUCAUCUCCUCUUUCUUUUUUCAUUAGUUAUUGUUCUAGAAUCUAGAAUAUGAUCCAUGCUUAUCCUCAAAAGCAUACAAGUCUUUGGUUGUUCUGACAAGGAGUCUUAGAAGUUGUAAUCCAAUGCUUCUGGAAAUUACCCGAUAUAAAAAGUCAUAUAGAACAGGCGUGUCCAACUUUCAGCCGUGGACAGCUAGUGAUGAGCCCCACAAGAUAUAAUAAAAAUACUAAAAAUAAAGGAAGUUUGUUAUUUAUAUACAUUAAUUAUAUUAUAUAUUUGAUAUGUAGCCCAGAACAAUUACUCUUCACUCAGUGCAGCCCAGGCAAGCUAAAAGUUUGGACACACACGAUACAGAACAUAUGUAGAACCUUACAUAAUUGUGCAUGACUAUUACAACCUCUGGGUCAUUAUUUUGAAAAUAGGUAGCUUGAAUCCAAUUUGCUAUGCAGGAAGGAAGAUACAUA